AUGUCCGCGCAAGCUUGGGAUCUCCCUCCACAUGAAAGAUCCCGAGAGAGCGGUGAGGAUUCUGUGGUUGCGACUACUAUAGGGGCGCCUGCACUUGCAGCGCCACCUGAACUUGAUUCAACUCAGACUGACGAUUCCCAGCUCCUAUUGCCAACCGUUCCAGUCAUCAGACCCAGAGCUCUCCAUCUCUCUCUCCGUUGCCUUCGGAGGGCUUAUGGCUUGUGCGCUCUUUUUUAUUGUUGGCCUUUGGGCCGUCGUGCUCUGAAAUCGAUGGUGUUUUUGUUUCUUUGGAAUGCAUUUUUACUAGUUUCUAUGGCACUUUGGCUUGGAAUGCCCUGGACGUACACUUGGGUGAUGGUUCUGGCCUGUUUCCUGCUCGUUAUGUGUGUCCUCGCGCCGCUCUACUUUUCAAUAGUAGUACGACGAAGCGAUUGGGAACUUACGUGGGAGCCAUUCAAUGUGCACAUGAGCUCGUCGGGGGUUUUGCUGGAAAUUGCACCUUGGCUGCCUUCGAGAUUCAGACCCGAAAUAGAGACUGUCGAGGACGAAGUGUGGGAAUUACUGCCUUUACCUUUACCAAAAGACCAAGUUCCUGCAAGCCCCGUUCUAAAGAUAACACCGGAAAAUGUUGACUACAAAGAGCCUGUGCGCCUAUUAGUUCCUUGCUGCCGCGGGGCGAGCAGAGUCUGGAGGUCCACUCAGUCCAGAUGGGAAGAAGUAGAAGCCGUUUUUGGAGCUGGGUACCUGGAAGUCUACUUGAGCCAUUUUUGCCUGUUGGUCGCGGGGCAAGACCCAAGCGCCGAAAUGUCCGUGAAGUUGGUCUGUUUCUGGCAGCGUUCAAACUCUGUGGCAAAACUGGUAUUUCUCGAGGAUGGCUGCCAAAAGUGUGACAGGGCCCUUACAGCAAUGCAGGGGCAUCCAGAGAUUCUUGGGAGCUUUGUCAGAUGCAUGCCUGAGCCAGUCAUCCAAUGCGACUCUGACAGUCAUGUUCGUAUUAUGCAGAACAACCAGGCCGUUCAAUCAGUGCAGCUGGGGUUGGGAAAGCCCCCCCAGAUUUCCAAAGCCAUCAUUGUUGCUUCUUCCACUUCCUGUGAAGUCAGUCUGGUUGUGGAUGGUAUGAUCAGGACAUACACUUUUUGGGAUCCAUCUCACUCUCAGAGCAUGUCUCCUUCGGCUCCACAUCGAGAUGUCGGCCGCGGAACGGGAUCCAGGCGCAAUCCACACGUCUUGCGACCUGGCCCACUACGAAGCGAUCCUUCCCGACAGAGGGCCCAAUACCGGGUUCAUUUGAUGCUUUCUGGGCGAUUCAACACAGACCUCAACAAGACCCGAAUCCGUGACCUCAACUCCGCGCUCCAACAGAGAGGAGUACCCACCUUUAUGGUGCGGGCCAUGCCUGGUGAUGAUUUUGGUCCAAUGACCAUGGCGGGCUUGUAUUUUGCCAAAAUGAUGGUGGCAGUCUGCACAAACGACUAUGGAGAGAUGACUGGUGCGGGAUACGAAACAUAUCAUGAGUUGAGCUACGCUUGGAAGCAUCAUCUGCCAAUCAUCCCUGUGAGAUUGUGUGAUCCAUAUCCACCAGAGCCUCCUGGCGAUGAGGGCAAGGCUCAAAACAGUUUCGUUCUGUCGUGCAGUCAAAUUUAUAUAGAUGCAAGAAGUAUGUCAACAGAAGAGUUGGCCGAUCAAAUCAACAAUGUUUGGCUGGCCUCCUGA